AGUGGUGGGAGGAGGCACCCAAAACUGUGGGACAGAAGAUGGAAGGAGAGAGACCCCCACAGAAAUAAAACCCUGGGGGUGCAAGAGAGACCUCUCCCAUAAAUAGAGGCUUAACAUGGGGACCUGCCUCCUGCACACACCCAUUCCUAAAAUAUCCUUUCCCCUUUGGAAUCAUAAGAGCUGGAGGAGAUCCCAGAGGUCAUCUAGUCUGACCCCCAGCCAUGCAGGAAGCCACAGCUUGUGCAUCAUCCCAGAAGGUGCCAUGACAUCCCGAAGGCUUUCUAACAUGUCCAUGAAACCGCUGGAGUCAUGGGAAGGGUGCUGUCAGUAUGCUGAUGACACCCAGAUACAGGUCUCCAUGUGCCUUCAGAAACAUCCUCAGCCAAGGAGAGCAUGUCUCCUCUGUGGAGGUCAUGUGCUGGAGGAGGAAAAACACAUUGAAACACAUUGGAGCCAUGGGUUCAAGUGACAGGGAAGGAAAUUCCACCUGAACUUUAUGUAGGAAGAAGAACUGUUCAGCAGUGGAACUCUCUGCCUCAGGUUCUGAUGGAAGCUGCUUUUUGGAGGAUUUUAGGCCAUCUGACGGGGGUGCUUUGAUUGUGCUUUUCCUGCAUGGAAGAACAGGGUUGGAUUAGAUCACCCCGGGGGACUCUUCCAAAUCUAUGAUCCUGUGAAUCCAGGGGAGACAGAGGUGCUUGUAUUUUUGUGAGGGACAGGAACAAUGCUGCAGCAGGGGAGGCUGAAAAGAGAAUUCUCAGUCCUUCCCCAAACUACAAAUCCCAGAAUCCCAAAGAACAGAGGCCUGGCGUGGAUGCAGUUUACGAUCCCUGUCUUUUAUGGGACACUCCCGUUGUCUCUCUGGCAAACCCAUGUUUUUCAAUGGCUAGAGAUGGACUUUUCUCCCAGUUUCUUCUAGAUAUCUUGAGACGUACAGAACGGUCAACAUCAUUGCGUUUCUGGGUGCGACGGCGGGCCCUGUUCACCUCCCUGGAGGGACGGGUACGAUGGCGGAAGAAGAGGCUCCUGCUCAGGAGAUGCUGACCUUUGAGGACGUGGCCGUGUCCUUCUCCCCACAGGAGUGGGAGAUGCUGAGUGACGGGCAAAGGGAGCUCCAUUGGGAGGUCAUGAUGGACAACUACAAGAUGCUCGUCUCGCUGGGGAAUGACCUCUACUUGCUUUCCUCCGACGGAAUGUUCUGGAACACUUUGGAAGAUGAAAGUGUCCCUGCGGACUGUCGGGCAAGACCAGUGGACGGGUUGCCAAAGACUUUAUCCUGCCUGAGUCGCAAGCACCAAAACGACCCCGAGGAGGAGGAAGAGGAAGCGGAGGAGGGGUUUGUGCCCAAGGAGCAGCCCCCUGCCCUGGAGGCACCGGCCGUCCCGACGGGAGGCCCCUACCCCUGUCCGCUUUGUGAGCAGUUCUUUCGGGGGAAGAAGGAACUGGACCGGCACCAGAGGAGCAUCCACUUGGGCGACAAGCCCCACGCGUGUCCCGAAUGCGGGAAGGCGUUCCGGGACAAGAGCGACCUCCGGGUCCACGAGCGAAUCCACACGGGAGAGAAGCCCUUCGCCUGCGACGUGUGCGGGAAGUCCUUCCGGGAGAAGAGCAAGCUCAUCGUCCACCAGAGGAUCCACACCGGGGAGAAGCGCUGCAUCUGCCAGGAAUGCGGGAAGAGCUUCAGGGACAAGCAUUACCUCCGGGACCACCAGAGGAUCCACGCGGGCGAGCGGCCCUACCAUUGCGAGGAGUGCGGCCGGAGCUUCCGGACCCGGAGCCACUUUACUCUUCACCAGAGGAUCCACACCGGGGUGAAGCCCUACGUUUGCAACGACUGUGGGAAGACCUUUGUGCAGAAGAGCAACCUCAUGAGUCACCAGAGGAUCCACACGGGAGAGAAACCCUUCCCUUGCGAGGAAUGCGGGAAGACCUUCCGGGACAGGAAGACGCUGAGGUACCACCGGAGGAUCCACCUGGGGGAGAAGCCCUAUCCGUGCCAGGACUGCGGAAAGACCUUCCGGGACAAGAGCAGCCUGACCGUCCACCAGAACAUCCACUCUGGGGAGAAGCCCUUCAUCUGCUGGGAGUGCGGGAGGAGCUUCCGGGAGAAGAUGUACCUGAAGGACCACCAGAGGAUCCACACCGGGGAGAAGCCCUUCCCCUGCCAGGAGUGUGGCAAGACCUUCCGGGCUAAGCGGACCCUCAAGUACCACGAGCGCAUCCACACCGGGGAGAAGCCCUUCGCCUGCCUGGACUGCGGGAAGAGCUUCCGGGGCAAGAGCAGCCUGACCGUCCACCAGAGGAUCCACACUGGGGAGAAGCCCUUCAUGUGCUGGACCUGCGGGAGGAGCUUCCGGGAGAAGGUCUACCUCCGGGAACACCAGAAGACCCACCUGGAGGAGAAGCCCUACCCCUGCGGUGACUGUGAGAAGAGCUUUGUCCACAAGAACCACCUGAUGCGCCACCAGAAGUUCCACGGGCCUCUCCCCGUCCAGACUGAGGAGGCCGAUCUGAGCAGCUUCAGGGAAUCUUCCAACAAAGAAGUGGUUGGAGGAGUUCUUUGGUUCUCCACCCGCACUUCCAGCUUGAAGGUCUCUUCAGAUCUGGGCUGUGUUCUGGAGCAAACAGAUUUUGACCCCGCUGCAAUACUAUCUAUCUCUCUAUCUCUAUCUAUCUGUCUCUCUAUCUGUCUCUCUCUGUCUCUAUCUAUCUAUAUCUCUAUCUCUAUCUAUAGUAUCUAUCUAUCUAUCUAUCAGUCUAGCUCUAUCUGUCUCUAUCUGUCUGUCUCUGUCUCUGUCUCUCUCUCUCUAUCCAUCCAGCUCGAUGGGUUGCCUCCUCCUCCUCCUCCUCCUUGUGGGAAAGGGACCCUUCCGCGGCGGCGCUGUCCGAAGGCGAGUCCGCUCGGCGGCUCCUCCCUCUCCGCUCUCCGGCCACGGAUGUGGCCGGAGAGCGGAGAGGGAGGAGCCGCCGAGCGGACUCGCCUUCGGACAGCGCCGCCGCAGAAGACCUUCCUCUUCCUCUCUGACGAAGGAAGGAAGGAAGGAAGGAAGGAAGGAAGGAAGAUGCUGGUCCCGGCCUCGCUGGUGGCGUUGGAGGACGUCACGGUCUACUUCUCGCCAGAGGAAUGGGAAGAGCUGGCGGAGUGGCAGCGGGAGCUCCACCGGGACGUCAUGCGCCAGAACUUCCAGCUCAUCGCCUCCCUCGGCGCCCAAGGAGGUUUGAGACCACCUGCCUGUGACAUCAGAGUAAAGAAGGAAGUGAAGAAGGAAGUGAAGGAGGAAGAGGCCAGCCGUGUUGGCGCAGACGGCAUGGGGAGGUUGUUCCUUGAGAGGUUUUUCCUCCAGAGCUGGAAGGUCGAAGGCAAAGGCUUUCCUGAUGGGGCUCAGCUGGACAGGUGGGCAAAGGAGGCACGCUGGCCAGUCUGGGGCCAAGGCCCCGAGGCCGAAUCCUGCCCUCUGACCUGCUUGAUCUGUGGCAAGGGCUUUAAGAGCCCUGGCGCUUGUCUCGCGCAUCAGCGUGUCCACACGGGAGAGCGGCCUUUCGUCUGCAAGGAGUGCGGGCGCCGCUUCACCCACCAGCAGCACCUGGGCACACACCUGCGGGUGCACGGGCAGGAGCGGCCCUUCGCCUGCGAGGAGUGCGGUGCCGCCUUCCGCCUGCAGAAGCUGCUCCGGACGCACCAGCGCAAGGUCCACUCGGGGGAGCCGCCCCUGGCCUGCACCGAGUGCGGCAAGCUCUUCACCCACAAGCACCACCUGAUGACGCACCAGCGGAUGCACACGGGCGAGCGGCCCUUCCCCUGCCCCGAGUGCGGCAAGCGCUUCACCCAGAAGCACCACAUGCAGGCCCACCAGCGGGGCCACUCGGGGGACCGGCCCUUCCCCUGCCCCGAGUGCGGGAAGACUUUCAAGGACCGUGCCGGCGUGCAGAUGCACCAGGCGGUGCACACGGGGGCCAAGCCCUUCUCCUGCCCCGACUGCGACAAGGCCUUCAGCCACAGGCACCACCUGGUCAUCCACCAGCGUGUCCACACGGGCGAGAAGCCCUUCUCCUGCGGCGUGUGCCAGAAGCGCUUCACCCAGAAGCACCACCUCCUCAGCCACGAGCGCCUCCACACGGGCGAGCGUCCCUACCCCUGCCCGGAGUGCUCGCGCAGCUUCAAGGACCGCAUCACCCUCAAGCUGCACCUGCGCCUCCACACCGGGGAGCGGCCCUUCGCCUGCGCCCAGUGCGGGGAGCGCUUCCGCCUGCGCAAGGCCCUGCUCUCCCACCAGCAGAAACACCAGGCCCCCGCCCAGGUCACCUGUGCCGAUUGCGGACAGAGCUUCCCGCGCAUGCGCAGCCUGGCCGCCCAUAGGCGACGAGCUCACCCCUCCGCAUCCGGGGAACAGAAGCCGGGCAAGAAAAGGCUGGAGGUGGAGGCCACCACCAAGAAGGCCCUGCCUGAGCAGCAUGAAAAAGGAGGGCGGGAAGAGGGCCAUCCCCAUCAAUCAGAAGAGGCUGGUGGACCCCUUCCCACUGGCCUCCAGGAUCCUCCAGUUGCCACGUUGCCCACCCUUUGAGAGAGAGAUGGUUGGAUCCAACAUGGCUGCGUUUCCACACCUGGAAUCACCCUGUGUCCAAUUUUGGGCACCACAGUUGAAGGGAGAUGUUGACAAGCUGGAAAGCGUCCAGAGGAGGGCGACUAAAAUGAUUAAGGGUCUGGAGAACAAACCCUAUGAGGAGCGGCUUAAAGAGCUGGGCAUGUUUAGCCUGCAGAAGAGAAGGCUGAGAGGAGACAUGAUGAGAGCCAUGUACAAAUACGUGAAGGGAAGUCAUAGGGAGGAGGGAGGGAGCUUGUUUUCUGCUGCCCUGCAGACUAGGACACGGAACAAUGGCUUUAAACUGCAGGAAAGGAAGGAGAUUCCACCUGAACAUCAGGAAGAACUUCCUCACGGUGAGAAGGGCUGUUCAGCAGUGGAACUCUCUGCCCCAGAGUGCGGUGGAAGCUCCUUCUUUGGGGGCUUUUAAGCAGAGGCUGAAUGGCCAUCUGUCGGGGGUGCUUUGAAUGCGAUUUCCUGCUUCUUGGCAGAAUGGGGUUGGACUGGGUGGCCCAUGAGGUCUCUUCCAACUCUACUAUUCUAUGAUUCUAUGAAUGGGCCGGAGGUUAUGGAAGCCGUCCCACUCUCCCCCCAAAGAAAGGAAUAAAACCAGACUCUUAGAA